AUGCUCUCCCUACCGCUCAUAACCCCCCGCGAUUCUCAUGAACUCUGUCUCCCAACCCUACCGUAUUUCAUCCCAACACCAAGCAAACGGAGAAACGCAAGGAAACAUCCGCCGCAAUGGCAACAAUACCAUGAAUUCCUCGAAGAACGUGCGCUCCGUGCUCGCAAAAACAACAUCGCCUCUUUCGGUUACUCGUGGAUCAAACCUGCGGGAUGCACCAAGACCAUGCUGGGUAUGAAAGAGGAAGAGGCGGAAAGGGAGGAAGCAUUAGCUGCGGCAGCUGCAGAGAUGGCAGCGGCCGCUGCGGUAGCCGAGGCUGAAGCGGGAGCUGCUGGGCUAAAUGAGCUCGGAUCACAGCAUGGUGAUGGACAGGAUGACACGGGAAUGGAGAGGGACUUGGACGAUGAUAUUCCUGACGCAGAUGUAGAGGGUCUCGUGGAGGAAGGAGAGGAGGGCCUGGAAGAGGAUGAUGUUGUUGACGAGGAGGGAUACAUGGAACGAGAUCUGGACGACGAUAUUCCUGAAGCGUUCUCUGAUGAUGACGAUGACGACCAUCUGAUCGAGGAUGAUUUUGAUAACCAGCCAGACUUGGAUAAUGAUAUUCCCAGUGCUGAAGACAUAGUUGAUGAGGUAGAAGACAUGAGUGAGGAAGACAUGGGCCGCGAUUUGGACGAUGAUAUCGCUGAGGCUGCGGAGAAUCAGUCCGACCAAGAAGACGAAUGGCAACAUACCGAUACAGAUGCCGAAUUGGAUGACGAGGAUGAGGCCAGUUUCUCACAUGAUCCAUUUACUCAAAAUCUUCGAGUCAGUACAACCAGCAGUCGUGGUCUACCUCCAGCACCUGUUCGCGUUCAAGAGACAGAGGCCCAACGCCGGUUCCUCCAGCGCUGGAGUGGCGGCGGCGAUGUCUUCGACACAAGCGGCAUGAUGAUCGAUGAAGAUGAUCUACGUGCAUCUGUUACUAGUCAAGGUAGUCGACGAAGCUUUUUCAGCAGAUUCCCCAGACGACGAGCUGGGGGACCUAGGGAUAGUUUUGACUAA